UUUUAAAAAAGGUGUCCAAAAAAUACAGAACCGACAAAUCUAACAAGUUUCCCAGAAUUCCAUCUCAUGGGACUCUCAGAGGAUUCAGACCUGCAGCCCAUCCUGUUUGGCCUUUUCCUCUUCAUGUACCUGAUCACAGUGCUUGGGAACCUGCUCAUCAUCCUGAUUAUCAGGUCAGACUCCCAACUCCACUCCCCCAUGUACUUCUUCCUCUCCAACAUAUCCUUGGCUGACAUGUGUUUCAUCUCCACAACAGUCCCAAAGAUGAUUACAGAUAUCCAAACUCACAGCAGAGUCAUCUCUUAUGUGGGCUGCCUGACUCAGAUGUCUCUUUUCCUCUUUUUUGGAUGUAUGGAGGAUAUGCUUUUGACUGUGAUGGCCUAUGAUCGGUUUGUGGCCAUCUGUCAACCCCUGCAUUACCCAGUUAUCAUGAACUCCCACUUCUGUGUCUUCUUAGUUUUGGUAUCAUUUCUGUUUAGCAUUGUGGACUCCCAGCUUCACAAUUUGAUUGCCUUACAUUUCCUAUACUUUAAGGAUGUGGAAAUUGGUAAUUUCUUCUGUGACCCUUCUCAACUCUUGAGUCUUACCUGUUCUGACUCCUUCACAAAUAACAUAGUCAUGUAUUUUGCUGGUGUCAUAUUUGGUUUCCUCCCAAUCUCAGCCAUCCUUUUCUCUUACUAUAAAAUUAUAUCCUCUAUUAAUAGAAUCCCAUCAUCAGGUGGUAAAAGUAAAGCUUUUUCCACCUGUGAGUCUCAUCUCUUAGUUGUUUGUUUAUUUUAUGGAACAGCUAUUGGUGAGUAUCUUGGUUCAGCUGUGUCAUCUUCCCCUAGGAAAGCAGUGGUAUCCUCUGUUAUGUACACUAUGGUCACCCCUAUGCUAAAUCCCUUCAUCUACAGCCUAAGGAAUAGGGACAUUCAAAGUGCCCUCUGGAGAGUGCACAGAAGAUCAACAUAA